AUGGCAGCGCUCAUGUUUGAGAAUGAAUUUUUCAGUAAAAAUGAAGGUACCUUACAGGAAGCUACUAAAACAUUAGUUGACAUUGGAUGCUGCACUUACUGUGUGCUUCGCUUUUUGGGCGAAAAGCAACUGCGAUUUUACCGAAGAAAUGAAAAGACCCAGACUGAAAUUCUUAUUGAACAGUUAUAUUAUGGUGGAAAACCAGUUGAAAACAUUUCCAGGACAGAAAAACCCUGCAUUACAUGUUUGGGAAUUUUACAAAAAUAUUGCACUGAAGCAUUUUCACAGAAGAUUAUUGAAAAAGUGAAGUCCUCUGGUUAUGUCUUUUCCACUUACUUCUGCUCGUUGAUGCUUCCUGUAUCUCUGAUUGUUAGACAGCAUUCUGUUUACUUACAGCUGAGAGAAAAAUUUAGUGAAAUGUAUCAUGGCAUCUCAGAUGAUGACAUUCCAGCUGUCAAAGAAGUUUGGAAGUGGCACAAUGGGCCAAUAUUAUCUGAAGCCUUGGGAGUUGCUUUUAAUUUAAAGAGUCCUUUUGAAGUGCACAUCAAUUUUACAUAUAAGCAUUCUGACAGAGAAUGUAGUUUUUUGACAGACUUUCAUCCUGACAUUUUUCGCCGAAGGAAGACCAAAAAGGCUGACUGGGAGAUGUACAGCCGAGCCAAUGUAGCAAAAGCCGUAUGUGAUACCGUAGACAGUAUUUAUAAAAGAGUUUAUAAUUUUCCCCCUGCUCUGCCUUCAGACUUGGCAGAAUGUGAACGUAUUUCUUGUCAACAUGAUUCAGUAUUCAUUGCAGGUCGUUACAACAAAUAUUCUCGUCUCUUGAGUCAGACACCAUGGUUGAUUGAAGGGAUCAAAAAGCAUGAAACGUCUGUUCAAGAAUUGAUAUGCACUCCACUUAUGGAAAGAUUCCAGCCAGUUGAAUGUAAAUUUUCUGCAUCUGGUCGUGAAGAUGUUGAUGUCAAGAUGCUUGGAAAUGGACGGCCAUUUGUCAUAGAACUUGUCAAUCCGAAGAAAUCUGAUUUUACGGCAGAAGAUUUCCUGCAAAUGCAAAAGGAAAUCAACACAAGUACCAAAGAUAUUUUUAUCAGAGAUCUUCAAGCAGUUUCAAGAGAUGAAAUUGCCAACCUGAAAGAAGGAGAAAUUGAAAAAACCAAAAGUUAUUCUGCAACUUGUUGGUCUGAAAAUUGUUUAUCCCAAGAUGAACUUGAUACAUUGUCCACAUCUAAAGAUCUUGUUCUUCUACAAAAGACACCUAUCCGUGUGUUACACAGACGCCCACUAGCCUCCCGGCAGCGAAUAAUUCAUUCAAUCUCUGCCAAAAAAAUUGAUGAUCAUCAUUUUCGUCUUCAACUCUCUACGCAAGCAGGAACAUAUGUCAAAGAAUUUAUCCAUGGGGAUUUUGGAAGGACCCAACCCAAUCUCUCCAUAAUCAUGAAAACAGAAUGUGACAUUCUGGAACUGGAUGUUGAGUCUGUUGAUGUUGACUGGCCAAAGCAAUUGAACACGUAA